UCAUCCUCGUUUUAUCGCAAUGCAUGCAAUCAUCGUAUAAUUCGUAAAGGAUGCAAUAAGUUACAUACAGCAAUGUCGGGAAUUAAAUGGCGUGCGGAGCCUAAUGAAGAUCGGAAGGGCACACCUAAGAUAAUUCAGCUGAUUCGGCAGGCCCAGGGAUUGGCCCCGAACCCCGAGGAGGAGUCUGCCCUCAAAAAGCUCACCCCGCACGUGCCCGGUAUUGUCACGUUUGCUGAUCACACACGUGCGCUGCCACUGACAACAUCCUAUACGACAGUUCUCGUGUUUGCCGAUAUUUCAGGUUUUACUGCAUUAUGCGAAAAGUACAGUGCUAUGAAAAAUGCGGGGAUCGACCAGCUGACAAAGACCCUGAAUAAUUACCUAGGGGAGAUUGUGGAUAACAUCAUCUCAUCAGAGGGCGACGUUCUCAAAUUUGCAGGGGAUGCUAUAUUGGCCGUGUGGCGAGUGAAUAACGAGUCAGAGCUCAACAGCACAGUGGACCAAGUGAUUAAGUGCUGCCUGAACAUCCAGGAUGUGUGCGGCUCCUGGGAGACGGAUAUCGGCGUGAGGCUGACCGUCAAAAUGGGCGUGUCUGCUGGAGAAAUGUCUGUGACGUUUUUGGGAAAUAACGAAUUCCGAGCAUACGUGGAACUAGGCCCAGCAAUCCGUGACGUCAACGAAGCGGAGAAUCUCUGUGGGGCGGGGCACAUCGUCCUAUCCCCUUAUGCCUGGAAGCUGUGUACCCAGAGUCUAUACAACCAUGAACUGCUUCCUGACCAGCGGCAUGCACGUAUUCUGUCAUAUUGGAGGGCAAAUCCUUCCGGAUCCGAAGCACGAAAAGACGGUCCUUUAUGGUUUAUGCGAAAGAGGCGGAUGGGCGGAGAUUGGGGAGUUUCCGUGACUAGUAUCACAGCAGCAGCCGCCUUCUCAGAGGGCGCUUCUAAGUCACUCUUCACUAGACCGAUUCCUAUCAUCAAUGAUGCAAACACUUCCAAAAGCUGUGGUGAUGAAACCAGCAAGGAAGAUUGUAGCCUUCCCUCAUCAAAUCGGAGGAACUCGGAGCCAAAUAAUUCGACAACUAGCGAGAAUGGGGAAGAAAAAAAUACUCGACCGGGAAGGCCAAAGCCUGGUCUUAACAGAUUGCGCACUGUGGUGAAAAAAGUGAAAGAUAUGAGAUUGGAUGAAAGUUUACGAUUAUAUAUACUUCACCCAGUGUUAAAAAAGCUUGAUGACAAUCAACCUUUAGAAUACCUGUCUGAAAUGAGGAAUGUCACUGUCGUAUUUAUGAAUCUUGUUCUAGAUGAAAACUUCAACAUCAAUAAGUUAUUACAGGGAGUGUUCGAAGUGGUAUAUUCGCAGUCCAAAAUGAUGCACGGGUGUUUAAAUAAAGUAUUCUUCUUUGACAAAGGUUGUACAUUCCUUGUGAUAUUUGGGCUUCCUGGAUACAAGCACGAGAAUGAUUGUUCGCAUGCGCUGAUAUGCUCCCACAAUAUGAAAAGCAUUUUGGAUCAGCUCGCUGGAGUCAAAUCUGUCUCCAUCGGUGUGACGACAGGAGGAACAUUUUGUGGGGUAGUGGGACACAAAAACCGACACGAGUAUUCAGUGAUUAGUAGAAAAGUAAACAUGGCUGCGCGGCUGAUGAUGCACUAUCCCAACAAAGUGACUUGUGGAGAACGGACCUUCCAACUCUCUCGUCUCCCGUCCAGUAACUUUCAGGUGCUGGGGACGAAGAGGAUGAAGGGCCUUCAGAAUGUGGGGGUCAUCAGGGAAUAUGUAGAGUCAUCGGGCACCACCACACAGGCCAUGGCUAAAAUACCGUACUUCCUGUUCCCACUUCUGGGUAGAGAAGACGAAAUGGAGCUGAUUGAGUUGGAACUACAGAGGCUGGCCAGUGGGAGGGAGGAGGAGGGCCUCGACCAUUACGUCAUCAGCGGGGCCUCGGGGAUCGGCAAGACACGCCUGAUGGACCACUUUACUCGCAUAGCGGAACAGAAGAACAUCAAUGUCAUUUCCUGUGCACUGCGUCUCCAGCAUUUACAUAUCGCCAAUUGUCUUAGUAACUACAUCACCCAUGUGAUGCUUUCUUCAUCCGGGUUCUCGGAUCGAAUAGAAAAGGAACCAGAUCUUCUUAGUGCCUUGUCAUCUUGCGGACUAGAUUCAAAACUUUAUCUUUUGAACGAUAUUUUAGGUUCAAAAAAGUACCUAAGGUGUUUAGACGAAGAUGGUUCAGAAGAUGAUCUCAGACGAAUCCUCACCAUCAUCAUUGAAAAGUGUACAGAGAAACAACCGGUGUUGGUGAUGGUGGAUGACGCCCAGAAUAUGGACCAUUUGUCCUGGAAGUUUCUCUGCGAACUCCGUAAGAUGAAGGGUGUCCUUAUCGUCCUCUCCUCUCGUCCAGCAGCCAUUGAGAAACCGUCCUGUGAGCAUGCCGAAGAGUUUAUGAAUUGUUCAUCUGUCCGAGUAAAAGACCUUGCUGUACUCGAUACCCAGCAUAUUCCGGCUCUGGCAUGUCAGAUUAUGGAUGUGGUCAGAAUUCCAUGCGAGUUAGAGGUAAUGUUAAGAGAGAGAUCUCAAGGCGUACCAUAUUGGUGUGAACAGCUUCUGAUAGAUAUGAAGGAGAAAAACCAAUUGAUCAUCACAUAUGAUGAUGGAACUGCCGCCAUGAAAGAGGGCGUCAUAACUCCCAAUGUGAAGCAGUUGAAAAAAGUAUUCUCUGAAAACAGCUUCGAUAGUGUUUUAGAUGAAAACGACAAUGAUCAAAUAGAAUAUAACAGAGCAAGCUCAGUGUUCCAAGUAAACGAUGACGAGGUUAUGAAACAAAAUGAAACGACGCAUAACAUGAUGAGGAGCGGUUGUAAACCUCAAAGGGACAAAGAACCUAAAGUGAAAAUAGCCUUGUUUUCACCUCUUGUCAAUCCGAAGGAAGUUGCAGUCCCACACAUUAUGAAAGAGCUAAUCAUCACCCGUCUCGAUUCCAUGAGGGCGUCAGAGCAACUGAUCGUGAAAUGUGCUGCCGUUUUAGGACAGACUUUCCCAAGGGAUAUGAUCGAAUACAUUUUACCGAAAGUGCAGCGUGUGAAAGCUAGAAAGUCGUUCAAGCGCCUUAAGGAGAUGGGUAUCUUCGAAUGCGCAAAUAUACCUACGGGUCGAACGGCGCUUUUGUUCCAAACCAAUGGUCUGCACCCAGAGGCGUGUUUCUGUCCGAAAAUGGAGGAAGACUGUAAUAAAGAUCUUUGCAAUGUUAUGCGAUUCAAGAACAACUUGUUGCAACAGAUCGCCUAUAACAUUUUAAUGGAAAGUCAAAGGUUAGAUCUACAUAACAAAACUGUGGAAUACCUCGAAAAUCAGGCCAAUGAGAUUCGAAAGAGAAUUCCAUAUUAUCUUCUAUACCGAAAACCGAACGAAGGUCUGGAGAAAAAACAAGUUCAGAGGGCCUCCGUGAUUUCCAGAAGGUCCAAUAAAGUGUCUGACGUUAACAUUGUGGACGAUGAAUUUGAAAACUUGUCUAAGCUGAGCAGAAGAGGGGCUGUACAUAUUUCAAGAACCGACUUAGAACCAUUGAUAAAUGCUGUUUGCCAGUUAGACGGCGGUCAUCAGCAGGUUGCUGAAUUUUUGAAGAGAUUGAUCCCUAUAUAUACGGAUAUGGAACGGCACAUGCGCCUUGCAAAAGACUCAAAAUACGUAGUGGACGUGCUACUCGAACACGCAGUGGCAGCCAUACUACUGAAGGACACACUAAAAUGUAAAGAGAUACUACAAACGGUGGAGGAGUUAUUGCAAAGCAUUGAUGACAAAGACUUUACGUUCGAUGUUUUCCGAUUGUCGAAAAUUUCCAGAAUUCGCGGGAAGGUUGCCUAUUACUCUGGCGACUUGGAGACGGCCCAGAGAUGGUUUCGUCGCGCGGGAGAACUACUGGGAAUCCACCAACCAUCCACAAACCUCAUGAUCUGGUUGUCCACUAUAAGAUGUAUGGUCCACUUAAAGACGCUUAGAAAAUUUACAGUAGAAAGAAGGCAUGCCACUGACAAAACGUUGGAACAAGGAUACUGCUUGUCAGAUCUGCUCUGGUUCUAUAGAGAAAGUGGAAAGGAAAACCUAGUACAUCUUAGUAUCCUUCAACAGAUGAUAAAAGUUACAGGACGAACCUGCUAUUUGCACCAGGUUGUGGAAUCAUAUGCAGCUGCAAUCAAAGUAUGUAAGAUAGAAAGCACAAAAAGAAAAUUGGAAACUCAACUUUUUGAGAGCUGUGUGUCCAGACAUGACGAGCUCUCACACAAUGAUCUGGUUAUGUUAGCCAACAUGUAUACAGAUAUGGCCAUUAACUACCUUAACGCAGGAGACCUCUGUGAAGCUCUUUCUUCAAGUACGGGGGCAUAUGAGAUCUUUGACAAGCUAAACCACCAGGACUCUGGGUUAGCGGUAUCUCCUGUACUGGCUUCCUGUCUGUUUCUAACCCGAAGAAACGAUCAAUUUUGUGAGUUUCUACAGAGACUACAGUCUCCUGUCUGCCGUUCUGAUGGUAGGAUUCAGCGUGUCUGGUACUACACGUUCUGUGUGGAGGGAAUACUAAAUGGAGAUUAUCCGCUGCAGUCUUUCCAGUGCUGUCUCGACUUCGCUACUCAUUACCUGCGGUCCUGUGACGCCGUCAGUAAUGAAAAUGUCGCUCGGCUCUACCUCGCAAUGAAUAUCGCCGUGUGGUUUUGUCGGAAAGGUCAGUGGGAUUCUGCACAGAUCUGGUUGGAUUACUCGGAGGUUCUCAACACAAACAUCGUGUCGUUCCUAUCUCUUUACGCGUUGUCUCGGAAACUGGAAGCCAUGUUGCUCUACCUUAACACAAGUAAACUUACCAAGUCCCAAAAAGCUCUAAACGCAUUAAACGGAAAAAUUGAAAUGGAUUUAAAGAAACUUGACAAAGGUUGCCGGAAAAUUCCAUCGAUGUUGCCCCGAUUUCAUCACCUGAAGGCGUACCUGAGUAUUCUAAAGCAGUCUUACUUUAAGACAAAGUGGCACCUCAUGACUGCAGUGAAGAUUGCAACGAAGCACGGCAACAUACUGGAAUUAACAUGGGUCAAGAGACAUCGAUGGAUGUGGUUCAAAAGGAUGGACACACCUGACCAGUGGCCUGAUUCUACCUCCCAAGGAAACUCGAAAUCAUGCAUUAAGGAGUCUCCCAUUUACAAUUGGCCAAUUAUACCUCAAACAAACAACAAAGAACAGCCAUCCCUGCAAUAUUCUAAAACGACAUUUAGUCAGAAAUGAUUGUUUUGGACGUUGAAACAAAUACUAUGUACAAAAACCGUUUAGUCCUAUUCCACAAGUAAAUCAGAAAUUGAUUUUUAUCUUUAGUAAACCAUUUACAAAGAAUACACACAUGCAUCUGCUCCAACAUGUGAAUACAUGUACAAAUGGAUGUAUUCAAAAAGAUAAAACCAAAUAUUAAAAUACAAUUCUAGAUACAAUGAUUUAAUUUACAUACAUUGUACCAUACAUGACGAAAUAAAUAUUUUAAAUAAAAUUAUGUUACUCGAUC